AUGGCCAAAGAAGUACGAAAAAAAUGGAACUGUUUAAAGAAAGAAGACAAGGAAAAAUAUAUAAAAAUGGCCGAGGAAGACAAAAAAAGAUAUUGCAAAGAAAAGAUAGAAUUGGCACGUACGAAACUAGAGGAUGAGAAACAACCAAGAGGUAGUGAAUUCAAAGAGAGUGAAGAAUUAGCCGAUGAACAUCCGGAUUCGAUUAAUGUGUAUGGUUCGAGCAAAUCUGUAGUGGAGAAUUGUUUGUCAGUUCAACAAUAUGAAGAAGACUUAAAAGCUGAAGGAGAAACAAUUAAGGAAAGCUGGAUUAUGACAAGGAUGCUCGGAAUACUGCCACCGAAACUAUACCACUUCAGGACAUCAUGGGAUAAUGCUAAUUCAAUGGACAAGAACAUCGACACCUUAAUUGAACGACUUCGACUGGAAAAAGACAGAUUGAAGGAAGACGACAAAAAGGAAUCAACCGCACAGAAUGCCCUCAUUUCAAAGCAGAAAACGCAAGAAAUACUUAUAAUUGUAACAACUGCAACCAUAAGGCCAUUUCGCAAGGGAGUGUGUAUAAAUGAGAAGUCAGACGAAUCAAACAAAGGAGAUAAGACUAAAGGACAACGACGAGCUCUUGUCACUGUAGGAUUGACUUCAACGAAAAUAAAUGACAAGAACUCAAGACGAAAUCGACAGGAUAUUUGGUAUCAAGAUAGUGUCGCCACACAGCGUAUGACCUUCAGGAAAGAAUGGCUGACAAACUACAAAGCGCCGGAGGAGUAUACGAAGGUGAUACUCGGGAACAACCCCGAAAUCAAUGGGAUCCGAGUAGGCGACAUCGAACUCGAGGCUUUUAAUGGAAGGGAAUGGUAUCCAGCAACCCCGAAAGACGUUUUAUAUGUUCCUAAUAUAUCAUUCAACCUAUUUUCGGUUACCAAAAUGUUGGAUAAAGGGUUUGUUCAGACUGCCAAUGCAAACACGUCAAUUAUCGAAACGGUCUAUAGAAAGGAGCAAAUAGCAGUAGCGCAACGACUCGAAGAAUUAUAUCAAAUGAUGUUUCGAAGAGAGGUCACAGGAAUGUGCACGAUGGACCAACUCAAUCAAAGUCUGACACAUCAGAAUGUGAAGUACUGCAAGAGUAUUUUGGACAGAAACAAUAUAAGAUACAUCGAUGACUGGGACAACAACGUUUUUGUAUCGGUUGUGUAUAGGGCAAACAAAAACAUAUCUCUCACCCAAGAAAUAAUAAGGUAG